CAACUCAGCCGCCCAGCGACAUCAUGCAGUCCCAGUACACCCCAAGUGCGCCCGUGCCGAACACGGGUUACCCACAGCAGCAGAUCAAACAGUUGGGGGGCGCGCAUGCGGCGCCCAGUCACGCAGCCGGGAUGUGGCCGCCGCCGUUCGGGGCCGUGAGCCCAGCGCCCGCGUCUGCACCCGCGUUUGCGCCUGCACUCGCGCCUCCUAUCGCUUCGACUGCGCCAGUUUCUGCUAUUUCUGCACCUCUGCUCUCGACACUCGCGAACCCUCCCAUGUCGCCCGCGACCUCCAUCAACAAACCACGCUCUCCUGACACGGAUAUGGACGCGUACGUGGGCGUGGGCGCGGCAUGCACACCGCUAGACAUGACGAAACGCUUGCUCGACGAGACGUGGGCGACCGCGGUGGCCGCUAUGCAGCGCGAAGCGAACGCGCGGCAGGCGUGGGAAGCGGAGAAGAAGAAGUGGGGGGAGGAGAGGAAGCGGUGGGAGGAGGAGAGGCAGGGGUGGGGGGAAGAGAGGGAGUGGUGGAGGGAAGAGAGGGAGGGGUGGAUCGAGGAGAGGUACAAGAUGCAGCAGGAGAAGAGGCGGUUCGAGAGAGAUGGGUGGGGGGAUGCGCAGAAGACGUGGGAUGAGGAGAAGAAGAGGUGGCAGGAGGAGAGAAGUCUGUGGUCGGAUGAGAGGGAGGAGUGGGAGGGCGAGGCGGAGGUCCUCAAAGAGUCUCGUCGCAAGGCACUCAACGGGAAGAAAGAAGCCGAGCAGGCGAGAGACGAGGCGGAGCAGGCGAGAGCGAAAGCGGAGGAGGCCAGGAGGGUGGCCGAGCGAGAAAGGGAUGACGCUCGGGACAAGUAUCAAGCCCUGAUCACCGUCGUGCAAGUCGAGAGGGCGAGGGGGGGCAUGGCGGCGGCGGGGGCGACAGAUGCGGUGGGGAUUCCAACACCAGACAGGGUGCCGCCCCCUACUCUCUUCACCACACUACCCCAGAACCAAGGCACCACGAUCGCUGAGAGCGACCCCUCUCCUUCAUCCUUUACAUCUUCCACGUCCUCGGGCUUCUCGGUGCUGGCGCUCAGCCCCAAACAAGUCGGCCAGCGACGCGUGCAUGAGGACGAAGACGAAGAAAUGUAUUUGGAUGAGGACAAAGAGUACACCAAAGUCGAGAACGCGACGUUGUAGUGGACAGGAACAAUCCGAUGUGUAGAAUUUGUAAAGUACCUGUAAUAAGUCAAGCUCAAUGCAAGGCCUCUGAUAGGCAAACAGCUUUAUUUUAU